GGUAGCGCCCACCUAUUUCCCCUCUUUGCUUUUAGACUCUCUCUCUUUUCACGGCGAACACCCAGCGACUUCAUUAUCUGCUGAGUGCUGAGUGCUGAGUCUUUCCGUCCAGAAACCCAGAAGCUAAAAAGAAAAGAAAGGAAAAAGGUAAUGGGGUUCGUCUCUUUCUUGGGACGAGUGCUCUUCGCGUCGCUCUUCAUUCUCGCUGCAUGGAAAAUGUUGCCUUAUAUUAUAAUGUGGUUCAAAAUCAAACAUUUGGCAAAAUUGGAGAAAGAUCUCUAUUUUGUACAGUGGAGACUGAUGCAAAAGCAUGGUAUAAUGAAUUUGGUACUGAUGGUGGACCCGCUGCAAAGGAGUUGGCUAUGAAAUUUGCUGUUCUCCAGAAAAAUCUAUCCUCCAAAUUGGGGGUCAGGGUGCCUGAUGUUGAUGUUAGACAUUUAGUUGCAAUCAAUAUUGUUAUGAAAGUGAUUGGGGGCGUUAUGUUUGUAUUUUACAGCUCCUAUGCGGCUUUUCUCAUGCUCCUCAAUUUGGUGCUCACCACUCCAAUACUGUGUGAUUUCUACAACUAUACACCUGACGAGCCUAAUCAUCAUAUACUUUUAUAUGAAUUUUUGCAGAGCAUGGCACUUUGUGGUGCAUUGCUUUUCUUCUUGGGGAUGAAGAACUCGAUUCUGAAGAGGCAACGGAAGAAGAAGGCUACUAAGACAAAGACAGUUUAGAUAUAUUAAAGAAGUAACAGUUGCAAGAUGGAUUCUUUUUAGGCGUUGAAUCUCAGGGUGCGAAGCUGAUGCUGUGCAGCACCCAACAAAUGUGGAUGUUAAAUCAACCUAUUUAGCUGUUACUCGUUGUUGUAAAAAAUGUGGAUGGUAAUCAGGCUAUUUUGCGAGUCUGCGAUUACUCGUUGUAAAGAAAUGUUUCCCCCUUCCAAUAAUAUAUGGUUUGAUUUUUCUUUUUAA